AUGCCUUCUUUGAUUUGGCGUAAUCGUCUUUUUUUGUCUUCUUUCUUUUUUCAUUCUUAUUUUUUGCUUCUAUCUAUCUAUCUAUCUAUCUAUCUAUCUAUCUAUCUAUCUAUCUAUCUAUCUGUUUCUAUCUAUCCCAUUGUGUUCAGUUACCUAUCUAUCUAUCAGUUUCUUAUAUCUAUUUUCUUCAUAUUUAUCUAUCUAUCUCAUUCUGCUUAUCUAUUUCAUUAUGUUCAUAUUUCUAUAUCUAUCUAUCGAUCAAUCUAUCUGUUUCUUCAUAUCUAUCUGUCACUCUCUCUCUCUAUCUACCUAUAUCAUCAAUUCAUAUCUAUCUAUCUAUCUAUCUAUCUAUCUAUCUAUCUAUCUAUCUAUCUAUCUAUCUAUCUAUCUAUCUAUCUCAUUCUGUUCAUAUUUAUCUAUCUCAUUCUGUUCAUAUCUAUCUAUAUCUAUCUAUCUAUCUAUCUAUCUAUCUAUCUAUCUAUGUUUUUCCCUCUCAACUACGUGACGCGUUCUUUUGUGCGUAAUCUGUCUAUCUAUCUCAGUCUGUUCAUUAUCUAUCUAUCUCAGUCUAUUUCUAUCUAUCUAUCUAUCUAUCUAUCUGUCUGUCUGUCUGUCUAUCUAUCUAUUUUACGCAUUCCUAUCACCGGUUCGAUAUAA